UUUCGGGAAUUACAAGAGGACUAUAAGAGGAAGGAAGUUAUGCAACUUUAAAAACAUUCUUCGAAGAGUCCGAUACUUGGUUGUGAGAGAUAUUUGGCAAACCGCUCUGGCCACGGUAACGAUGUUCACUAGUGUGAUACAAGUCAUCUUGAUCUUGUGGUUUGCAACACCAUCUGAGAGUGACGUUUGCAGCCAAAACAUCUGUCAGUGUACCAAGUUCGGUAGGACUCGGCUAAUAGUAAAAUGUCGAGUUCGUGGAUACUUAUCAGCCGGAAUCCCAAGCAAUACAGUAGAGCUGGAUCUUUCAAGUUGUUCGUUGAGCUCAAUUACAGAAGACAUCUUCAGGAACCUGACUGUUUUAAAGAAAUUGGACUUAUCAAAGAAUUCACUGCGACACAUUCCUCAAAACACUUUCCGCAAUAUGGAGAAACUGGAAAUAAUAGACUUAUCAAAGAAUUCACUGCGACACAUUCCUCAAAACACUUUCCGCAAUAUGGAGAAACUGGAAAUAAUGAAAAUCGGUGACAACUUAUUAUCAAUUGCUGAUGUAAAAGUCGUUCUCAAAGGAUUAACGCGACUUCACAGACUACAUCUUGAUAGAAAUCCACUUGGACCUUCUCUGCCAUCAGAUAUUUUCACUGGGUUUGAAAAUAUGACAUAUCUUUCCAUGAUUGGUUGCAACUUGCAAAAAAUCGAGAAUGGAUCUUUUCGAGCAAUGCGACACCUACAAGAACUUGAUCUUUCCUCCAAUAAACUGACUCAUAUACACAAGGGCACAGUGGAAGGACUCACGGAUCAACUCAGUGUCUUGUACCUUCAAGGAAAUGAGAUAGAGACAAUAGGUGAUGGCACUUUAAAUCAAUUUAAAAAUCUCCAAACAUGCUGGUUGGACAAUAAUAAGCUGACAUCUGUACCAGAUUUGACAGGUCCUAAGACUUUAAGUUCCUUAAACCUACAAGAGAAUCAGAUCACAGAUUUAUCAAGCAUUGCCACUUCUGGAAUUGGACACGUUUAUAACCUAUUGUUGUCUAACAAUAGGAUCGAUCACCUUCCACCGAACAUAUUUAACAAUACUCUCGUAAUAUGGAGCCUUGAUUUGUCAUUCAAUAAAUUGAAGUCAUUACCAGAUGGAAUAUUUAAUGGACUCGAUCAAUUAAACAUUCUGGUGCUAACCUUCAACAACAUCACUCACAUUAACAGACGCACAUUCAGUGGACUUUCCAGCUUGACCACACUACUGCUGAUCAAAAACAAACUUACAUUUAUUGCCAAAGACGUUUUUGAUGAGACUCCCAGCCUGAAAUCAUUGUUUCUUCACAGUAAUGCAAUUACAAACAUUGAAAAGGAGACUUUUGACAGACUCGACCUGAGCCAGUUAACCAUCUUUGAUAAUCCUUUAAACUCAUUACCAGACGGAAUAUUCGACGGAAUGGCAAAUGGAACCCAAGUGGUAUUGACGUGUAAAAAUCUUCGUCAGCUGCCUCUGGGGAAAUAUGUGUCUAAAAUUGAGUGUGCUCCCACGAAAUCUGUGCACGUCAUUUUGGACCACGACCAAAGUAGCUUCAGUUCAUGCUUUACACGCUCAGGCUUUGUGUGCCAUGACUGUACAUCCCGCGAAAAACACAGUGCACCAAUCUAUUGUGCAAAUUGCAGCCUAUGUCCAGUUGGUACCUACUCGUGUACUGAUGGAUCCCGCUGUCUACCGUGUUCUGCAGGGGGUUUUUAUCAGGAUGAAAUGGGACAAGAUGAUUGCAAAAGGUGCAGCAUUGGUACAUUUGUUUCUGAACAGCGAAGUCCUGGGACUACAGCUGCCGACUGCGUAGCAUGUCCAUACGGUACGCUUUCUAACGAGACUGCCAAACAUCGUGCAUGCAGAUGCCUACGCAACUUCUAUCGGUUGGAUCGCUUUGGCCCGUGCACAGCAUGUCCGCCAAUCGGUUUUGUUUGUGAGAAAGAUACAGCAAUACUUGCUCCUAACUACUUCUGGAAAUGGUCCAAUCAGUCCGAAAAAGAGCGUUUCAAAGGUUUUGUUAACAAUAUCCAUUCUAAUGGAUCAGACUACAACAAGUCCUUUUCAAUGUUCAAUACUUCACUUCCGAAGCCACUCAAAUGUCCCCAUGCAAAGUCUUGCAAGGGUGGAAUUGAUUCAGUUUGCCAUCCAGGAUAUCAAGGGAAUUUGUGUGCAACCUGCUCUGAGAGCUUCUAUUUUCGCUUCAACUCUUGUUUGAAAUGUCCCCGGUUAGCUGUAACAAUAUAUUCAUCCAUCCUGGUAAUUGUUCUUUUUGUUGCUGUGUUUCUAAUGGUUCUUUGGGGUGACUCCAAACGUGCAGACAAUAACCGGACAGUUGCAGAUGUCGUCAUGUCGUGCUUUAAGAUUGUGAUUGGUUUUUACCAAGUCAUUGCCGGUAUUUUCUCGGCAUUGGCUAAAGUUCAAUGGCCAGUCGUUUUGAUCUCAACGGAGAAGGUUCUAAAAGUGUUUGAAGGGAACAUCUUGCAGUUUGCCCCUCUUAGUUGCAUUCAUACUUCUCUACGGCUUGAUGAGCUUGGAAAGUUCACGAUGAUUGUUGUCAUGAAUGUCUCACUCAUUGGCUUGAUUUUCUUAUAUUUAUUUCUUAAAAAACGCUACAUCAUGAAUAAGAAGGACCUUGGUGAAGACCGGAAAGUAACGGAAGUUAAGAGUUUGAAAAAAUCUUGCUAUCGGAACAUUUUCCUAUUAUUGUUGACGACCUACCCCACGACGAGCAAAUCGAUAAUUCAGAUUCUACCUCUUCCCGGUGCUUGUAUAGAAACAUGUUUCACAGACAAGAAGAACGACUGUAUCUCCCUACUGAGAGCUGACUACUCCAUCAAGUGUUUCACUCCUCGCCACCGUUUGUUUUGGCUCAUGGCUUCUAUUUUGGCAUUAUAUCCCGUGGGAUUUCCACUUCUGGUUCUGUUUCUCACCUACAAAUAUCGUGAAUCCCAGGAAUACGAAGCCAUUUCUUUCGGACUCAGAGUGUUCUUUGAAAACUACAAGAAUGAAUUUUGGUUCUGGGAAGUCACAGAGAUGUAUCGCAAGCUCAUUUUAACCUCAUUGAUUUUUCUUUUUGGAUCAAAGAGCCUUUCUCAAAUCGGUCUCACAGUUCUGACAGUCAGCGUCUUUGGAGUGGUCUACACCUUAUUCCGACCAAUCAAGGACAAGUUUGAAGAUUGCUUACAAACAUUUGUUCUUUGGAUAAUUUUCUUUGACGUUUGUCUUGGUGCAGUUUACACAAACUGGGAUGAGAGUCAAGGAGAGGGCAAGAACGAUUCCACCUUUGUAAAUGUCGUGUUCGUGGUCCUUAACGCCUCUGUAUUGUUGCUUGCCAUUGGAAACGGAAUUCUACAUGUGAAGUCAAUUUGGCAGUACGUUACCUUCAACCCGAUCCGAUGUUUCAGCUUCCUUCGUCAGGGAGUAUCACGUCUCAAGAAUAGAGUGGUCACAAGAACGGGAACAUCCGAUGAACUUUCACACUUGAUUGAAGAAAGCAACUGAAGAACUUCCCCGAAAUAUUUGUCUUAAAACUUUUUUACUAUGCCUCAUGAAUAUCUUGCUCUAGGUGGCUUAAACGCCUAGAGCUUUCGUUGAAAUCUCUCUGGCUAUUGUGAGACUUCUGGGUGACAUUUCAUUGUAACUAAAGGCACUAGCGACUCCCGCAAAGGCUGUGUCUUCAAAAUGUAAUGCAUAAUGUUUUUGAUCUCAGACUUAAAGUGCGACAAAAAACGUUGAAAAUUAUAUCAAGGUUAUUUUUGAGUAAAAAAAUUUUUUUUGGUUAGUUAAGAAGUAGGAUUCCUCGCACCUUCGAGCAUAUAUGACUUUGACGCACCAUAUAUAUUUAAGCAAUA